AAAGCGGUAUGUAAUUCAAUAUGUUAACGGAACAUUAUUCAGGAGGUUUCGUUUGCAUAGAAUUCUAUAGGGUGAUGGAAAACUUCGCCAUAGCUGUACGCUGCAUGCUUUUUUUUUAAAGUUCUCCCAUUAGGGACUUGUCAAACAAAGACUUGGAAAAAAGACUUACUAAGACCUAUGUAUAAGAUGCCUUUGCUAGAUUGUAUGCUGUUUUCACAAAGAUUUGCACACACCCAUGCUUCAGCCACUUCCUCUCAGCGACACGCUUUUGUGAUAAAAAAAAAAAGCACAGUUGGGUUUAUUGCACAGUGCAAUGCAAAUUGGGCUUUAUCUGUGUAUACCAGCAAGGUGUAAAGAGUACAACAAAAAAAAAGUGUGUGCUUUAGCACAAUCUCCUCAGUUAAACACGGGCUUACAAAGAAUGCUUCUGUUUCUGAAUCUGUUUUUAUGGGUCUUUUCCAUGCAAGGUUGCAUGGUUAGUUGUCUGCAGCGAUCGGUAGUCCAUGCUUUUGUGGGAGACUCGAUUACGCUCAACUGCACAUAUGAUUCCACAAAUGGAUGGUUUCGAGAGUACUGGUACGACAGCAAAGCUGUGAAACAAACAGAAAGCAGGCGCGACUGUGUCAAUAUCAGCUCAGCAUCGUCCAGUGCUCUCCGAUGCACUCUAUCACUGACCAUCGGGAAAGUCACCGCGCGCCACACGCCGGAUUCCUACCACUGCAUGGUGGAGGAUGUGGAGGCAUAUCCUCUUAAAAAAUGGGAAGAAUGCAAAACGGACCUACGGAUUCAAGGGCGGCCCAGUCUGCCCAUGGUCACACCACGUGGGCAGCUGAUUGCAGGCAGGGAGUCAGUCCUGAUCUGCUCUACCUCCGGGUUCUACCCCAGCAACAUCACGCUAACCUGGCUGCGCAACGGACACCACAUGACUGACAGAGGAGCUGAGAAGUACCUCUCGGACAAUAGUGACGGGACAUUCAAUGCCACUAGCAGCAUCACCUUCACCCCUAACGUCACGCAUCACAAAGAUCUCAUUGCAUGCCAAGUGUCACAUGCAGCUCUGAGCCAGCCAUUAACAAGCAAUCUUUCCCUGCUUGUUAAAUACGGACCUCGGUCAGUUAGUCUGGGUUUCCGCACAGCUCACCAAGCGGACGCUCAGCUCAGAGCGGUGAACUCUGAGGUCAUAGUGAGCACAGUCAGCUCUUUCCUGGAGCUGGAGUGCCUCGUGGACAGCUACCCACCCGCCCACAUUGACUGGAAGAGACAAGAAUCAAACACGUCCUGGAGGAAGAUCCUCAGCAAGGAGUUAAGAUGGACUGAAAUCCAGGAGGCAGACAUGGGAGUCUACUGGUGUUUCGCAUCCAACAGUUACGGGGAAGCAAACAUCAGCGUCACAAUUGUUGUGCAAAAGCCGAGCGGAUUCCACUUGGUAAAACUUUUGGCAACUAUGACUGUAACUCUGGUGGUGGUGUUGGCAGCGCUGGCCAUUUAUUUGUAUAUUACCAGUAAAGGAAAAUGGAAAGGUCAACCUUCUCUUGCUGUCUCACUGAGCCCAGAACCUGACGAACCUGUUGAAGAAAAGAGUAAAGAAUCAGCGGAGUAUGCCGUCAUAUGGAGGGGAAGUUCUGUGUCACAAGAAGCUGCUGACUCUCUCAGUAUUCCAGAAGUGCCCUACGCUGACAUUCUUAUUUCUGGAAGGGGUUGCAGCACACCCGAGCAGAGGCGCGUCCCGGAAAGUCUGUGUUCCGAUGACACGCAGGAUUGGACCAAUGAAGAGCUCGGCCCAGCCCAUCCGCACAGUCUUCAUGUAAGCCAGCUGGAAGUUACAAGGAAACUGAGCACAAGCUCAGAGUACGCAGUCAUUAACUAUUCCAGCAAACCAUGCUGCUGACCAAACAACCCCAGCUGCCAUGUGCAUUGACUGUUGCGUACCCAGGAGGGCUGGGAACUAAUACAUUGAAUGCAAAGUCCCUUUCAACACAACUCUGCUUCCACCCACCAGAGCAGCCUGGAUAGAAUUACUCUCAUUGCAGUCUACACAGAGCAGGGGUGUCCAAUCACGGUCCUGCAGGACAAUUUUUGGACACUGGGUCCUGCUUUGGCCACCCCUGACAGAACAAAGACUCUUGAGCUUAGCAAAUCCAGCAGAGGCAGGAACGUAGCAUCACAAAGGUGUUCCAUCUCAUCUCAUUCCUUCGCGGGCUAUCUUUUCCGUACAGAAUGCAUACAGUCGCAUGGAAACAAAUACAAACGUGUUUCAAGCUGUAUUAAAUUCUGUAAUGCAAUAGCACUGUGUUGGUUUUGCAAUGUGUGUUACAGUGUUAUCUCUGAAGAUACAGCACUGGUGUUUUUGCCUGUGCUGGCAUGUUUAUAAAUACUCCGCUGUCAUACUUCUAUUUUUCAAAGGUGGGUGGGGGCUGUAGCAGAUGCAUUAUAAUUAGGUAAGGAGUGUUGUGCGGUGGAUUCUCCCCCCUGCAGAUUAUUAAUACUCUUGUCUGAGGAGUACAAGAUCGCAGGUUCAAGCCCCAACUCAACCCUGGGACCGCAUCAGGGCUCCCCAAAAUCAAACUAUUUUAUUUGGAACAAAUAAUGGAUUUUUUUUAUUAUUAUUUUUUUUUUUUUUG